AUGUCGCACUCAGCAUCUCUGUCCGCCAUGCCUUGUACCCCCGCUGCCAAGGAGGCACCGCUGCUCAACCACCCCUCAACAUCCACGGAGGAAUCAGCUCCACGCCUCCUGGCCUCACCCAGUUCCCAACUCUCGGGCGCCUCUCCACCCGUGGCCCUGACCCCACAACUGCCGCCCCAGCGCCAGGUCCCUGCUCCCACUUGCUCGGCGGGCUGGUGCACACCGACCGAGGAGAACCAAUCAAGUCUUGACGCCAACCCACAGCUUCGCAGCUCGGAUCUUGCCGCGGGUGCCUUUGAGACCGAGCAAGCCUUUCUCAACGACCUCGAACACGGCAACGAGGACCUGGAAAAUAUGUUGGUCGAAUACGUGCUAGAGGUUGAGUCACUCGUCCGGACCCUAGCCGACGGUGGCAUGUCUCAAGAACUAGUAGACUAUCAUCAAAGCUGCCUCGACCAGGCGCUCGAGGUCCUCUUUCCCGACGAGGACGACGAGGACGACGAGGACGACGAAGCAGACCAAGACGAUUUUGUCGAGACUGAUGAAGAGGAUGACGUCUUUGAUAGUGACAACAGCUUCAGCGACGAUGAUGGCGAGCUCGAUGACGCCCCAAGUCUGGCUCGUCACGCAGCACAGCGUCGCCAUCUGGAGGAUGCAGCGACUGACGAUCAACUGCACGCCGCAAAGCGGUCGUGCCGCUUCUGA